ACUUUUAUACUGCGAAAGUAUUACUGCGCCAGUUAAUUUCCUUACAAAUUAGUCCAGUAACUAUUCUACUUUUUGAAACUGAAUUCUAUUGAUUUUAAGGAUAUUGAGCCCUUUCAAGAAUUUUAAAAGAUAUUGUGUGAAAUAUCUAUUUCAAUUAUCCAGCAGGUUAUAUUGGCUUUUACGUUAAGAACAGUGAACGAUUGGUGGCCAUUUUAAAUGGAGUAAGAUUCUCGGACGAAUGGAGUAAAUUGUUCUGAAUUUAGUCGAAUUUCUUUAUUCUAUAGAAUAAUUCGCUAAAACGGAAUAAUGAUUGAAAGUGAAAUUAAUAUAUAACAUCGAGACUAUUACAGCUUAUGAUAAAAUAAAAUUAUAUCAACGGGGAUUCCCUGAGGUGUGUAAUACUCAUUGUAAGAAUCAGAAUUUUAUAAAAAAUAUUCUAGAUAACUAUUGCAUUUAGAUUAGCAGUAACUUAUCUUUUGCAAUGUAUUGACUUAAAUAUACUUAGUCUAAAAUAUUUUGUAAAUGAAUUAUCAAUUUUGACCGUAUGUCUACCUUAAUUUGAUACAGAUCUGGCAGUAUGAAUGGGGACAUUCCUGGAGUACCUAUUAUAACUUUGACCGGUACACAAAGUUUAUCAGAUCCAGUCAAAGAAGUAAAUAUUGCUCAACCCUUACCAGCAACGGAACAGUCUCAAAGCUUAUUCCCUAAUCAAGCUGUUUCGGACUAUACCAGGCAUAGUAUGUUCAAUCCGACCCCGGAGACUGUUCAUCAUGUUGCUAAUGCGCUUUUUUCACGAAAUGCCACAGAUAUUGAGUUGAAAUCAAGCGUCUUCAAUAACACAACUAUUGAGGACAAUUCGAUGAACGAACCCCUCUUUCAACUGUUACUUCAACAGAAUUCAAACUUAUUCUCUCAAACAGUUGCGUCACCCAACAGCGGAUAUGCCUUGCCGCAAUCGACAAAUCGACUUCAUAAUCAAGUCACAUGUUCUGAAAAUUUUUCAAUGUACUCGCCACUACCACCGUUUGCUCCCGAACAACCUCUUUAUUCUCAGCCCAAUCAUAUACAUAAAGGACCUCCUUUAAUGUCAAACUCUUCGCCCAUGAACGGGGAUGGAAGUCAUACGGUUGCUCAAAAUAGCAAUAAAACCACAAUGUCUUCACCUGCUCAAGGUUUUUCUGCACCGUCGAGUGUAGAAAUGCUGACUAGAUCGGAAGAUGGUCUUCAAAAUGCCUCAAUGGACCGUAUGGAUGGAAACGAGUACUCAACCGGCCCUAAAAUGCACAACAGCGUUAAAGAAGAGUUUUCUAAUUCUUCCCUUUCUGAUCGUAUUAAAAGAACACAACGCAAGCGACAAGUAUCUUCUUAUGCAGAAUAUGAAGAGGAUGAAGAGCAUUAUAUUAACAAGAAAACCAAAUUUGAAUCAAAUUGGGAUGCUCCUGAUCGAGAGUCCUCUGAUAUAUUCAUACCAAACACCGUAGAAGAAAUGCUAGAUAGCAUGUCCUACAAAAAAUUUGGAAAAGCUUUAGACAAAGUUAUACUGAAAACGGAAGACCUUGACAUAAAAUCUCUAGAUACAUGCGAGGAUGUCACUGCCUAUGAUACGAUAGUCAAUAGGAUAGUAUUAGCUGACCUAUGCAACGAAUCUGCAAAGUUAAAAGGUAUGGGUGCAACGAAACAGGUAACACCAGGAAAACUAAUAAAAGUGUUAACUAUUCUACUACUACCAUUGAAAAUGGGAUCUAAAUUACAACCCAUUAAGUAUACGGGUCAAGACGACGAAAGAGAAGAAGCAUUAUGGCGAGAUUUAUUAACAGAUAAAGUACUUAUGGCAGUUGAUGCGGCUCUAACUGCUACACAUGUUAUGACAUCUGACGACAUGCCUAAAGGAGUUUAUAUUGAAGAUGUGAUUGAAAGAAUAGUUUCGUUACUAAAAGUUCAGCUUACAAAUACUAUCUAUCCUGAGUAUGAUCCAGUAUACAGAGUAACAGGUAUAAUUUCAAACAUGAAACAAAGAAGAGCUAGAGCAGGCUCUGUAACGCAUCGUGGUACCCUAUCAUUGUACAACAAACUGGCGGAACUGAUAAGUGACCUGGCCGAAUUAGUGAACAUUCAAGAUCUUCCGGACACUAUUAUCUUGCAUAUCGCCUCUGUGGCUGUUUCUCCCUUUUUUGUUGAGAAUAUUGGUGAUCUUCAGCUGGCUGCUCUAAAACUUGUCACCUCAGUAUUUGCAAAGUACGAAUCAUUACGACAUGUUGUGAUAGAGGAGAUCCUAGCAUCGUUAGCAAGACUGCCAUCAUCGAAGAAAAAUAUAAGAAAUUAUGUUGUGCAGGGAGAGGAUCGUAUACAAAUGGUGACUGCUCUUGUUUUAGAACUCAUUCAGAGUGUAGUUACUCUUCCUAAGAUUCCUGAUGGACGAUCGUCACCAAACCAUAAUAAAUGUUCAUUGCCAGAUAAGGAACUACAAAUAAAGACAUCUUACGAAAAAUCAAAGAUAACAGCUAGUCAAUUUCUACAAGUCUUCCUUCAGAAAUGCACAACUAAAGGCAACGAGGACCAGGAUUAUCGUCCACUAUUUGAAAAUUUUAUUCAAGAUUUACUUCUAGUUGUAAAUAAGCCUCAAUGGCCUGCUGCAGAAAUGAUGCUUUGCAUAUUGGGGAAUAUUCUUGUGAAUCAUUUCAGUAACAAAUCUAUUGAUAUGACCAUGCGAACAGCUAGUUUGGAUUAUCUUGGAACAGUAGCAGCCAGAUUGCGAAGAGAUGCUGUUAAUGCUCAAUCUCGAGAGGAAACACUUGAUUCCAUACUUCAACGGUUACAAGAUACAGACGAAGAUACGCCCUCUCCCUUGGUUUACCCUCAGGAAGACACUCGAGAUGAUGCUGAAACUGUCUCUGCAAAGAAGAAAAAGAAGAAAAAGAAAAAGAAAAAACACAGAAUUGAAAGUGACGAUGAAAAUGACGAGGAAGCCGACUCUGGACACACAAAGAAAUAUGAAGCUGAUCGUACUCAAGAAUUGCAAAAGGCUCUGUUAGAUUUCCUCGUCUGUAAUAUGCAAUUGAAACCAGCUCUCAAAUUUGCACGCCAAUUUUAUGUCGCUCAAUGGAUAAACGACGCAGCUGUUAAUAUGAAGAAAAAUGUAGACGAGCUUGAAAAACAGCAAAAGCAUGCAUCGGAAGACGUUAAUUUCGAUUCGUCAGUUAUGGAUCGAAUUUCCAAUGUGAUUCAACAAUGUGAACAAAGAAAAAGCUAUUUAUUGGAUGAAGUUGACAAAAAAAUAGAUUUACCUGGAACUAUUGGGCGCAAACAAACUAAGUUAGACUACUCAUCAGCUUGCUUGGUUACCCGAUAUUUAGCAUCUAACCGACCAUUCUCACAAUCUUUUGAUAAAUAUCUCUUCAACAUAAUAACGGUCGCCCAAGAAUCGGCUGUUGCAGUGAGAACUAAGGCUAUAAAGUGUCUUGGUUCUGUUGUUGAAGCGGAUCCAAAUGUACUCGCACGGCCUGAAGUUCACAAUCUUGUCAAAGCACGCUUACUCGAUCAAUCUACUUCCGUGCGAGAAGCUGUUGUCGACCUGUUGGGUCGGUUUAUUCUAGUUCGACCUCAUCUAAUUCCUCAGUAUUAUCCAGUUCUGAGUGACAGAAUUUUGGAUACAGGUGUAUCCGUAAGGAAAAGAGUCAUUAAAAUAUUUCGAGAUAUUUGUUUGGAACAUCCAGAAUUCGAAAAAAUACCUGAAAUUUGUGUUAAAAUGAUUCGAAGGGUUAACGAUGAAGAUGGAAUUAAAAAACUGGUGAAUGAAGUGUUUCAAAAUAUGUGGUUGACACCAACGGAUCGGAGAGAUCAUUCAAGAAUGGUGCAAAAAGUCGUAAACAUCGUUGACGUUGUUGCAGCUUGUAAUGCAACAGGAUUUGAGUGGUUUGAACAACUAUUAGUUAAUUUGCUUAAAAAAGAAGAGUCGAAACAAGCUGAAUUAGCGUGUGUUCAAAUUGUUGAUUCUUUAGUUGAGAAUGUAAUUAAUUUGCAAGCUGAAAAAGAAAGUAAUCAGCGUAAACUAACUGCAACUUUUCAAACUCUUCAUUUAAUUUGUAAAGCAAAUCCUGAGCUUCUAGUCAAUCAUAUUACAAGCAUAGCCUAUUAUUUAAGCUCCGAUCUAACGCCUGAUGACCAAACCAUGUUGAUGUCAGUUAUACGAAUAAUUGAACAAGUAGUACCCUUAUUAAAACAUCCAAAUCCAAAUUUUUUGGCAACGAUAGAAGAAAAUCUAGUCAAACUUUUGAGCAGUGGAUCAACUUCUAUAAUGCAGGCCUGUUCAGCUUGUCUUGCGAGCUGUGUGAAAAAUGUUACUCAUAAUUAUGCAUUAGUUAAGGAUCUUUUUGAGCGAUAUUACGGUAUGUUGAUGAGAAUGCAAAAUGCUCACAAACAAUUGGCAUUCAAGGAUAUCUUCAAAUUAUAUCGACCCAUUUGCGCUGUUGGCGCAAUUUGUCAACAUUUUGACAUGACCAAAGAACCUCUCUCCAGUGACUCUCAAUUGCAUAGAAAAGUAUUUGACUUGCUGUUCUUCUUUGUUCAGAAUGUUCAUGAUGACAGAGAAGAAGUAAAUUGUCGAGCGCUUAGCAGCAUCGGAUGGCUAUGUGUUCGACACGCUGAGUUUAUGAGAGAGAGUGCAUUAAAAACGUUUUAUCUUACAAAUUUGAGUUCCAAUUCAAGAAGUGAUCGGCUUAGAGUAAGAAUUCUGAACAACUUGUUUACCUAUCUGCAAGAAGAGGAAAAUCGCAUGUACAAAGAACAAGCAAUCUGGAAAAACGAAGAUCUAAAAGAGUUAGGAGACGUUCAAUCCGGAAUGGCAUCAGCAAUUGUACAAUUGUUCAUUAAGGAUAUUCUAUCUUCCCUUUUAUCUUUAUCUCCUCACGUCAGAUCUCAAGCCUUAAAAGUUGUCGUGAAAAUUCUUAAGCAAGGUCUAAUACAUCCAGCCCAAUGCAUACCUUUCCUCGUUGCAAUGGGAACAGAUCAAGAGCAAAUAAAUAGGGCUAUGUCCGAAAAUUAUUUGAAAGAAUUUGAAAGUAAUCAUCCGCAAUUAUUUCAUAUGAAAGUAAAAGAUGGAUUCAAGCUCUCAUAUAAAUUGCAAAAAAUUGUCAAUGGUGCUCGAACCAUUAGGGGCGUCUAUAAAGAUUCCCAUGGCAUGUGCACAGCAAGGAAUCAUUUUCUAUACAAUCUCGUAAAGAGCAGUCGACAAUCAAGAAGAGCGUUCAUCAGUAACAUAUUGAAACACUUUGACGAUAGUAAUACUGCAGAUCUAUCGGAAUUAGUGUACUUCGCAGAUAAUCUUGCUCAUUUUCCUUAUCAAGUGCUAGACGAACCCCUAUUUAUAAUGCAUAACAUCGACAUGACAGUUUCUGUUGUUGGCUCAAGCUUACUUCAGUGCUUUAGAGAGGUUUUCAAGAUGUCAGAAACAGAAGAAGUAGAUUUGGAGGCCGAAGACUUAUUUGCCAAGUUGCCUGAGAAUUGUCUAUCUCUUCAACAGGUAUAUAUGGCCUGUCAAGGGUGUUUACUUUUGUUAGUUUUAAAACAACAUCUGAAGGAUAUGUAUGGAUUAACCGAUGCCAAAAUACAAAGAUAUUCACCAAAUGAAAAUGCUAAAGUCUACGAUAAACCUUUCACAAAGAAAACAGAAGUUGUAUUUAAUCCAGUUCAGGCUCUAAAAUUAGUUCAAUCCGGCCCCCCUAAAUGUGAUGACGAAGAAUCAAGAAAGUCACUUCUACUGGCCUAUAUAAAUUUUAAACAACUUAUGAUGAGUAUUGAUGCUGAGGAAGAUAUCUCUGAUAGUACGGGAACCAAGCCUACAACUGCAACAUUAUUAAAUGCCUCUUACACUUCGACAAAUGUCGUAGACGAAUCAGUGAACAGUGCCAUAAUCAAUGUUUCCAAUUUUCCUAACACUCCUUCAGCUUCUAAAUCUAAUACCCCUGGAUCAAAGAAAUCACGUCGGAAAUUGCCACCACAUUUAGCUCCUUCUAGCACCAAAAAGAAAAAGAAAAAGAAAAAGAAAAAAGCAAGCCGGUUUAGCAGUUCGGAGGAAUCAAGUGACAGCGAUCCGGACUUUCUUGGCUAG